AUGAAUCGUUUUCUCGAUGUGUCCAGCUUUAAUCUCUCGGAUUUGAAGCAGGUAGAGAAGUAUAUCAUUGACCUCUGCGAUGAUCUUGUCUUCGAGCUUCAAAGCUGUGCGAUUUCCGAGCUGAGCAAGAUUCGCAAUCUGAACCACACUCUGUUUGGAGGCUUCCUAAAGCUUCGAUUAGAUACAUUAACGCAGCAGAUCAAUGGCAAUAGCGAGUACGGAAUCACCAUUCCCGACUACCAAGAGCUCUACAGCAUCGAGCAGCAAGCGUACAAGCGAAACGUCGCGUUCCAAUCGCUCUCGAUGCUCUUUCAGCAGCGAGAUGAGCUGAUCACGCUGGUGCUUCUGCUUCUACAGUCCGUUCACCGGACGGGGAAGGUAGAACCCAAGAUCAAAGACCACUUUCGCAAGCUCUUCGAGUAUGAUCAGCAAAUCAUGCGCGAGUUUGAUGCAUUCACCGUUGAUCAGGACGAAUCGACGAUGCCCUAUUUCCCUGCCAUGAAAUUUCUGUAUCCUUCGUCUUCUCCACCCUAUGAAGCUCUGCUCCGUGAAUGUACAUUAAUUCAACAAGCGCUGUCUCCUGUUUGA